AUGUAUUCCUACCAUUCCCAGACAUUCUCAGAGGUGUACCGAUACUGGGACAGCCAGAAUAUUUGGAAUGGCUCCGCCUCCAAGUGCAUCAAGGAGACGACGACGCCUUGGCAGGGCUCGCUUGAGCAGAUUGCUGGCAUGCUGCGCUGUCACGGCGCGGAGGCAGCCAGUGUGGAGGCUUCCAAGUCCGAUCUCGAUCAGUUCCGGCAGACUCUUGUCCAGGCAUUCUCGAGCAGCCAGCUGAGGUUUGUAGGGCUGAACUUCGACCGGAAGGUGCUCGGUCAAAUAGGCGCUGGACAUCACAGCCCUAUCGGAGCCUACGACCAGCAGUCGGAUCGGGUUCUUGUCAUGGAUGUCGCCAGGUACAAGUACCCUCCAUUCUGGGCUGCCUUGAAGGAAGUGUUUCAGGCCAUGAACUCUACAGAGCAAGAGUACUUCUCCACACCUCGAGGAUACUUGGUUGCGUGGGUGCCUGCCGCAUCAUCUGCAACCGUCGUUGUAUAG